AAAAAAGUACUAAUGUGUCUAUGCCACGCAUGGUGUGAUGUGAUAAUGUACGUCGUGCGUAUUUUUGCUUUUAUUGAAGAAUCGUGAAAAUUGAAGAAAAAGUUUAGUGUUAAUAGUUCAGUGCAGUUCUAGGUUUUAAUGUCGUGACAGUGAAAAUGCAGUUCUAUAAGGAGAGGAUUUUAAAUGCCGCACAAUUAAAGAAACUCAGUGAACACAAAUAUUCGUGUACGAGUAGCAGUAUUUUGGAUGCCUGGCUCCAGCCCUGGUGGUGCUGGCUGGUGUCAAAAACUCCGCUAUGGCUGGCGCCGAAUCUCAUUACAAUAUUAGGAUUAAUAGUUAAUAUCGUUACUACUCUCAUAUUAAUCUGGUACAGCCCAGAUGCGCGCACAGAGCCACCCCGGUGGGCGUGCUUGCUCUGCGCGCUCGGCGUGUUCGUAUACCAGAGUUUGGACGCCAUCGACGGCAAGCAGGCACGCCGCACGGGCAGCCAGUCCCCGCUGGGCGAGCUGUUUGACCACGGCUGUGACUCCAUCUCCACAGUGUUCAUCGCGCUUGGAGCCUGCACCGCCGUCAACCUGGGCGAGUACCCCACAUGGAUGUUCUUCCAGUGUUUCUGCGCCAUGACGCUGUUUUACUGCGCGCACUGGCAGGCGUACGUGACGGGCACGCUGCGUAUGGGCCGCGUGGACGUGACGGAGGCUCAGUACUCCAUCAUCGCCAUACACCUCGUGUCCGCCACGCUCGGCGCGCGAUUCUGGGCCACACAGGUGGGCUACAGCGUGGAGUUGCGCUACAGCCUGGCGGUGUGCGCGGUCGCGGGCUGCGCGCUCACGCUCUACGCCCUCGCGCAAGCCAUCCUGCGCGGCGGCGUCGGCAAGAACGGCUCCACCGUCGCUUUACCGCUCGGGCUCGACGUGCGCCUCGCCUCCAAUAUCGCGGUGGUCCUAAUGUCUCUCUACCUCAUACUGGGAUACUGUAAAGUCAUUAUGAGGGGCGGAGUGGGGAAAAACGGCUCCACUGUUGCAGGCACGAGCAUCCUGUCGCCAGUGAUCCCGUUCUCGCUGGUGGUGGUCCCGGCCUUCAUCAUCUUCCAGAAAUCCGAGUCUCAUGUGUAUGAGAACCAUCCGGCGCUGUACAUACUCGCCUUUGGAAUGGUGGCCGCUAAGGUCACCAACAGAUUGGUGGUGGCGCAUAUGACGAAGAGCGAGAUGGACUUAUACGACUGGUCGCUGCUAGGCCCGGCCAUGCUAUUCCUGAACCAGUACUUCAACAACGCCAUCCCCGAGUAUUACGUGCUGUGGCUCUGCACAAUAUGGGUGUGCGUGGACCUGGUCCGGUACUGCGGGCAGGUGUGCAUGGAGAUCUGCGCGCACCUCAAGAUCGCGCUGUUCCGCAUCCCCUACCCGCCCGCGCCCGCGCCCCCGCCGCCGCGCCCGCGCCCGCUAACGGUACGGCCCGCCGCGUGUCCGCGCGUAAGAGAACACAACACUAGCGCACGCACUCUACGCUCCUUCCGUGUCAGUAGUCGGGCCGUCGGGAACGUUCUCCGCCGCCUAACCCUCCUGAGACCCGGUAGCGAUUGUUUUGGUUUUGAAUUUAGAACACUAUCAAAAAAUCCAAAUAGAUUUUUAAAUAUGUACAUCGAUGCGGGGUCUCAGGAGGCUAUGGGGAACAUUAGAGCGGUAGAACGUUCUCGAAAAAGGUCCGAGCUCUAGUCUUGUGCUACUCGCUGUGGUGUGCGGUAAUUAAAUAAAUAAUAACUGAACGAAGCUCGGAUGCCAAAUUUUAAAUCGUUUUUUCUAGUUAAUACUUUAAAUUUUCAUUUAAACCGGUUUUGAAAGCGUUAUGUAUAUCGAGGCAAAAAUAUCACUUUAAAAAUAUUCAUCUGAAAAAUUCUGGGCAUAGGUCAGGCAGGCCCAUUUAUAUCCAUACUCUUAUCCACUCACUCACUGUCCGUUAUUGCACAAAUCUGUAUCAUAACUUCAAGUAACAUUUAUAACAUCAAUCUCCAAACCUAAACUAAAACGAACCCAUAAAUAGUAGUACCUAUGACUUCGACGUUGAACAAAGCCGCACGCCGCAGCGGCUAGCGAUGCGGUUUAUCCCGUCGGUUAAAACGCAUCUUAUACAAUUAGUAAUCUUUGGUAUCGGUCUCAGGUAGCUAUUGUAAAAACGCAGCGGUGCGAUCAUUUAAUAUAAAUUAUGACAUUACAAAUACUAACUACAGUAAAUAACAUUUCAGACAGACCAAGCCAAGCUUGUAGUAACAAUAUGUAAAUUGUCAAUAUAAACGUCAAAUUCCUAUGAAAUUAUGUUUGUAGGGUAAUUUGUGUCACUUACAAGUGAUGCACAGUUAAGUAGACGGAUUAUAUGCAUUCGAUUAUGUCAUAAGCGUGUAUCAAAAAUAAAACCAUUAUGGAUAUCAAUUCAAGCGUCCUAUCAGUGCUUAGAAAAUGAUGUCUUAGUUGACUAACACUAGUAAAUUUGUUAGUUUGAAGAUUGCAUUUUCCUACCUGUAACUAAGGUAGGAAAAAAACAAUUAAGACGUAGCCAGGCAAAAAUACAUUGAGUGAAAAUUAUAUCAUUUUCUUAUUUAUUAAUCAGCCGUCGUUAGAUUGGUGUGUUGAUAAAGUUUUACGUAUUUUAUUAGUGUCAUUCUGUCAUUUUGUCUGACCACUGGUCUCUGAAUCCUAUCCUAGUGUACAGUCAUGUUACCCCAAUAUUGGUGUCUAAUAUAAUACUUAGUAUCUAAAACUAGUAAGUUUUCGCUCAUAAGCCAGACCAUUAUCGUUACGGACAGAACGUUUCAAUGUAUGCACAAAUCUAUAGCAAUAACUAGCUAUAAAUAAAGAGCUAUCGUGUAACUUCGUAUGUUUAGACCGGAUGUUAAUGGCGAACUUAGGACAAUACAGGAGUAGUUUAAAUAUCCCCUUCACAUUCAUGACAUCUCAUUGCACAAAAAAAUCUUACGUUAUUAAUUAUUAUUUAUUCUAUAUACAUGUCCUAGCAACUCAGUGAACUACCUCGCACAAAUGCUCUCUGAGUGGUAUAUGUCCACUGAUAUAAACACAAUAGAUCGGAAGACCGAACCCUAUAUAAGGUCCUAAUUUAUUAGAUGCAGAUAUUUUUACAGCUGAUAGUACUCGGUCUCUGGAGUAUAUUAAACCGUGAAACAUUAUAGCUUUUACGAUGUUUUUUUGGAGAAAACGGAAAUACAA